AUGGCUUCAAAAGUCUCAGCCUCCCUUAUCCUUUUCCUCACAUUCAACAUCCUCUUCUUCACUCUAACCACUGCGUGUGGCGGUGGCUGCAGCCCCAUCCCCAAACCCAAGCCUAAACCUCAGCCCACCCCAAAACCUUCUUCCUCACUAGGAAAGUGCCCAAAAGACACUCUCAAACUCGGCGUUUGCGCUAAUGUUCUGAAGGAUCUACUCAAAAUCCAACUGGGAAAACCGCCAGUCAAACCUUGCUGCUCGGUCCUCAAUGGUUUGGUUGAUCUUGAAGCAGCGGCUUGCCUCUGUACCGCCCUAAAGGCUAAUGUUUUAGGCAUUAAGCUUAAUGUUCCCGUCUCACUCAGCCUUCUUCUCAAUGUUUGUGGAAGGAAAGUCCCUUCUGGAUAUAAAUGCACUUGA